AAGCUAUUCAAACGCUCAUUCCAUUCCAUUUCAUCCGCUCGUCCGCGUCCGUCAACAUCCCACUUAACGUUUAUUGCUUUUUUUUGCUUUAGUUGUUCGGUUUUUUGGUCAUAGCUACGAAGGCUUCUCGGCUCAACUCUCGGCUCGGCUUCGUAAACAACACUCGGCCAUUUAUCACAAUUUGAAAUCCGCCAUUACACAAACACGAAACGGGAGCAGAGCAGAGUAGAGCGACGAUAUUAUUAUCCACCCAGCGGCGACGACAUCGAUACCAACACCAGCAAAAGCAACAACAACAACAACAACGUCGUAAAACAGGCGCGCGCGUGUUCGUCGUCGUGGCAGCCCCUCACACACACAAAUGGAUUGACACUCACGCAUACCAAGAAGACAGACUCACAUCGGCUCCAUCCAACUCUUCCGCCCAACCGCCCCAUCCCCAACAGAAAAAGUUCGGCUCGCUUCGGUUUUCGUGAUCGUGCUCUCGUUCUCGUCCGCGCGUUCGUGUCCAACAGCGACGUUGACAGCGACGCUGACAGCGACCGCAGCAGCGACAGCAGCAGCAACAGCAACAGCAACAAACAUUAACAUUCAGGGACAACGACAACACGGCGACGGCGUCUGCGUCGACAUCCCUACGUUUCAGUUCUGAUUGGAGGUUCGUGCGCCGCCGUUGUUUGCACGCGGCACAAUUGCUCAGCUCUCAGCUCAGCUGUGUGGAUUGUAUUUUAUUAGUUGAAUUUCAAUUCCGUUUUUUGUGCUGUUCUCGUUCGCCUUCAACAACAACUGAUUUGUUAACAUCCCGUGCUUUCUGUGUGUACAAUUCCAAAAUUUGUUGUCUAUGAUUUUCAAUUCUUUCGCAACAACAAUAAUUCAUGAUAAUAACAGAAGAAAAUCGAAGAAACCCAAACUUAGACAACUUCAGUGCCUUCCAAAAGUGCUUCAAGUGCUAACAACAGUUUUUUUGCAAAAAACUUUCCAUCAACAACAAAUCAAAUCAAAUACAAAAAAAAAUAAACCGCAAGCGGAUUACUAAAGCUUCCAAGAAACGCAUUAUUUGAUAUUAUCGUCAAAAUGUCAACGUGUUGAGCACUAAGUAAAAAAAAAAAAAAAAAAACUGAAAAAAAGGACGUCAAGGAUAUUAAGUAAAACAUUUGUUUUGAAAACAUUUGCAUGCAAUACUAUUUAAAACGGAACUGUGUGUUUUUACGGCUGAUACGCUAUAAACAUAAAUUUAAUAAAUAUUCGAAACACACAAAAACGGCUUCCAAAUGAAGAUGGCAUCUCAACGGUUUUGUUUGCGCUGGAACAAUCAUCAGAGCAAUCUGCUGUCUGUCUUCGAUCAGCUGCUGCACGCCGAAACAUUCACAGAUGUCACGCUCGCCGUCGAGGGACAAUAUCUCAAAGCACACAAGAUGGUGCUCUCCGCCUGCAGUCCAUAUUUCAAUGCACUGUUUGUCAAUCAUCCGGAAAAACAUCCGAUUGUCAUACUCAAAGAUGUGCCGUAUUCGGAUAUGAAAUCGCUGCUCGAUUUCAUGUAUCGCGGUGAAGUUAGCGUAGAUCAGGAGCGUCUCACAGCGUUUUUACGUGUGGCCGAAAGUCUGCGCAUCAAAGGAUUAACCGAGGUGAACGAUGAUAAGCCCACAGCAGCGGAAAAUGCGCCGGCGCCGCCACAAUUGCAACGCAUCCAACCGUAUUUGGUGCCGCAGCAGCAGCAGCAACGCAAGCAGAAUGCCAAUGUGCUGGCCGCAAAUGCAGCUGCAGCCGCGUUGCAAGCUGCCACACAGCAACAACAACAGCAGCAACAACAACAAACCUCGCUGCUAAGUUCUGCCCUGAUGCCAAAGCGUAAACGUGGCAGGCCUCGCAAGCUAUCGGGCAGCUCAAAUGGCACUGGCAACGAUUACGAUGAAUACGAACGCGAUGGUCUGAUGAAUGACUCGGAUAUGGGCAACGGCAAGCUGGGCAAUGAAUCAUAUUCUGGCAACGAUGAUGGCUCCGAUGACAAUCAACAAGACGCUGGACACCAUGAUGAUCUAAAUGAAAGUCGCGACUCGCUGCCCUCGAAGAGAUCAAAGAGCGGGAAAGAUCAGCGCAUGGCACAACAGCAACAACAACAGCAGCAACAACAACACGACGACAACAGCACUUCCGCUGCUCAAGCCACACCAGAGCUCUCUCAGCGUCUCUUUGGCCCACCCACGUUGAUUCCCAUUACCACCAACAGCCCAGCAACAGCAUCAUCAGCAGCAGCAACAGCAACAGAGUCCAGUGAGCUUGCCACGCCCCCCGCUUCGCUGCAUCUGCCCACCAUAUUGGGUUUAAGAAUUCGUGCCGUGAAUCUAAACAAUUCCAACGCAGCAGCAACGACAGCAAUGGCGCCACAAAGCAGCAACUCUCUGCUGAAGCAACAGCUGCGUGGCGCCACCAAGGAACCAGAGGAAACUGUGCCACAAGCUGCGACUGUGGAGGAGAGUGUACUGGAGAACGUGCCACAGCAGAAGGAGAACAAUUGCAGUGCAUUGCAAUCGCUGGCGAAUGGAGCAGAGCGACAAUCGCAGCACAAUAGUGGCAACAACAACAGCAGCAGCGGCAGUGGCAGCUUGCAUCAGCAGCUGCUGUUGCACAUUGCGGCGAAUGCGAAGCCGCUGUUGAAGCACAAUGCCAGCGACUUUUACCAAGCACAACAGCAACCGGAUGCAUCGCCAACGGGCGCCAACGAGUCGCAAUUUGUGGACGAGGACAUGGAGCUGUUGGAUCAGGACAAAUGCGAUGAGCCGGAUCACGAGUUGUUGCAGCUGGCCGACGAGAAUGCUGGACUGCCUGGCUACCAGGCAUCCGAUGGCUUUGAGGAGCCCAACACGCCCACCGAGGGGGAGGUGAACGCAGCAACGCCAGCAACAACCUCAACACCCAAGCGUCCCAUACAGCGACGUCGAGUGCGACGCAAGGCGCAGUCAACGCUCGAUGAUCAGGCUGAGCAUUUGACGGAGAUGUCGGUGCGUGGUUUGGAUCUGUUUCGUUAUGCCAGCGUUGUGGAGGGUGUCUAUCGUUGCACCGAAUGCGCCAAGGAGAACAUGCAGAAGACCUUCAAGAACAAGUACAGUUUUCAGCGUCACGCAUUUCUCUAUCACGAGGGCAAGCAUCGCAAGGUCUUCCCCUGUCCGGUGUGUUCGAAGGAGUUUUCGCGGCCCGACAAGAUGAAGAACCAUUUGAAGAUGACCCACGAGAAUUGCACGCCACCCAAGGAUAUGGGAGCAUUUAGUUCACUGAAAUAUUUGAUCUCGGCCGCCGCUGCCGGCGACAUGCACACAACGCUCUACCAGCAACAGCAACAACAGCAGCACCAGCAACAGCAACAGGAGCAAUAUCAGCGACAGCUGGAGGAGCAACAGUUGCAGCUGCAGCAACAGCAACAAGAGCAGCAGCAACAGCAACAACAACUGGCGUCUGGCUACGAUUGCCAGGACAGCACGCUGCUGUUGCCCGAUGUGAAGCAGGAGCAGCAGGAUCACGAGGCAGACAACGAACAGGAGUUGGGCUCAGCUGCAGCGGCAGCUAUGCUGAGUCUGCAGAACGAUGUGAUCAUCAAGAAUGAGCUGCAAAUCUCGCCAUCGCCAUCUCCAUCGCCGCCAGCAAUGUGUGCGUUGCCCGAGGGCAGCAAUCGGCCGCUGGCGAAUGCCGCACAAACCGCAACGUAAAGACUUUUCACCUGGCAAAUGCACAAGACAACGAGAGUGCCUUAACUAUACACACAAAUACUGUAAAAUACUUAAGGAUAAGCAAUAAUUCGUCAACUGAAAAACACUCAACAAUCAUCAUCAACAAUUAGUUAAUAUCUAGCUAAUUUCAUACUUGAUAAAUCUUAAGCAAUUUACUUGUACACACGGUUCCGUCCAUAAAGCCUUAAGUUAUAUACUACAAACUUUAGUUUAAGACAACAUUUCAUUAAUUAGACUUAAGUGCAACUGAUACAACUAGUAAUAGCAAAAUUCUAAGAUCCCACUGCCUAAAUUUAAUUUAAUUCUAAUUUUAUUAUCUAAGUAAAUGCAAAUUGUUUGUUGCAUUUAAGUAAAACGAGUUGGCACCGUCCUUUUUUGACUCGUCCUCUUUAGCCUCUUUUUUGUUUUACUUUUUUUGAUUUCUUAUGUGAUUUUGUUAAAACUUUCGUUUUAUACACUUUGUUUUUUUUUAUUACUUUAUUUUACAUAAAUUGUAAAUAGUAUUACGAUCAAUACUCAAAGUCCGUAGAUUAAUUGGUAUGUUGUUGUUUUUCAAAUUGGAAACAAACAAGAAAUCCAAUCCAUUGGCUAUUUGUGCAAUUAUCAAAAAUAACUUCGAGGCGUCACAUGAAUCACCCAAAUUAUGGGUUAUCAUGACAGUCUACGAAAGAAUGUUGUAAACUUAAUUAUCGACUACUUAAUUAUGCUCUAGCAGACUCUUAGCAAUACAUAUAACUAUUUAUAAUUUUAGAUAUUACGGCAUUAAAACGUGCUUCAAUCGCAAUCGCUGCACAAUACAAUGCGCAAGGGACUUCCAGUGAAUAUUAACUGAUAUUUUGUGUUAAGUUAAACAAAGCAUUAUAACUACAUGUAUGCACAUUAAGUAUAGACGAAAACAAAAGC